AUGAAAACACUAUCGUUGCUGAAGAAUAACGAAGAGUUCGGGUCACUAAAGAUAAAACCGCUGUUUAAUCAAAAACUGGAUCUCAAUCCACACCACGAAUGGCUGUCAAAAGAGUUGAUCCAAUGGUCGAAAGGGUUCGCCGAUCAUAACCAACAGGCAAUGGAAAUGUGCGCUAAGUUUAUGUGUUAUAUGUAUAGCGGGUGUCAACAGAAGGACAGGUUGUUAGCGAUGUCUAAAUACGGGUGUUUUAGUAAUACUAUCGAUGAGUAUAUGGAAACGGCUCGUAAGGAACGGUCGGCACCUCUUAUGGUAGAACUUAUUGAAAAACUGUUGACCACAUUAUUGACUGGACGUUCAGAUCCGGAGUUUUUAUUGGGCCGCCGAUUGUUAGACUCUUUGGAAGCGUUGGAUGUGUUUAUGACUAGAGAUCAGAUGAUAAAAAUGAGGAACAAUGUGAAGGAAUCGUUUGAAUCAUUUGUGAAAAUACAUUGCGAUUAUUGGCUUCAGAAUCGGUUCAUACCAUACGAUGAGUACUACAAACUCAGAAGCAAAGAAUCGAUUUGGCCUGUGUUUCACUUAAUGGCGGAGAUUAGUGUGGACUACACUCCACCGGAACCGGUGCUCCGGUAUAUACCAGUAAAUAAAUUGCUCACUUCGGCCGUACGACUAUCUCUGGCAGUGAACGACUACUUGAUGUUUGUGUCAAAGAUGGCCUCAAAUGACAUCACUUCAGGUGUGAUGUCCUACGCCUGGAUCGAGAAAUGCACGGUUCAGACGGCACUCGACUUCCAGUAUCAGCUCAUUAAGGACUUACAGACAGAGUGUGAGUCUCUGUCCAUCACUAUAGCCAACAAAUCGGAUCCCGAGUUUGAGACGCCGGCACUUCUGGCGUAUGUGAAUGCAGUGAUGGAUAUAUCGCAUGGUUUUUAUUCAUGUGUUGCCGAGAUAUUCAAGUGGGAAGAAAGGGAUGGACUGAUUGUGUGCCAAAAGUGGGAUCAACUGAGACAACAACUCUUGGAUCCCAAAAGCGUUUUGUCUAACAAUUGCUAUGAUAUUUAA